AUGUUCAAGAUCCUUCCAGCAGCUUUAGAAAGCUCGAAACAUUAUUGCUUUCCCCACUUCACACAAUUUCCGACUGAAAUUCGCGAUCAUGUUUGGGACAUUUGUGCUCAGAAUUACCCUGCACGUAUCGUCGACUUGAGAGAAAUUCGUCAAACCGUCCCGACACAGUCAAAUUCCGCAAAUUCUCGACAGUACUCAGGGCAAUCCAGCACAGCAGGAACUCUUGUUCCCACAGCAAUAAUCGAGACGAAGGUGGUAGCAGGAUUCAAGUCUCGGACUCCGGCUCCGACACUUUUGUAUGUAUGUCAGGCCUCCAGAAAUAUGGCCAAAAGAUCGUACACAAAGGCGUUCGGGACAGAGGAUAUGCCACCAGAGACAUGGAUUAAUUUUGAGAAGGAUGUGCUAUAUAUUACGAAAGACUUUUGCUACCUGGGGCUUAGAGAUUUACCAUUUGCAAUAAAUCCAUGGCAAGUAACUAUAAGAUUCAACACAGGGCAAGAAGAGCCAUUCGGAUACUUUUACAAAGAACUCAAGCAUGACAUUCGAAAAGUCAAGGACCUGGCCAUUUCUGGACAUUGGAAUUUUGGCAGUGAUAGACCAUGGGAUUACGAAACGGACGGAGACAUGGGAAUGAUCACAACUCACUUCGCACGUGCAGAAAGAGUCACUUUGGUGGAACCUCAGCACGCUCUCGGGCGAACUUCACACCUGCGCUUCGCAGAAAUAAGUCCGUACGAAAAGGCCCAAUCUGAAAAUCCAGGGCAUCUUAAAGAAAUGUUGGGAUAUAGGAAUCAUCUGUUUGAUAGAAUGGCGUGGGACAGAAGUGGCAACUGCAAUGACGCUGGCAUGAAGACACGGAGCUCUGAGAGUAGAUUAGCUACGGAGGAAGAUCGCUGCCGGGCGGUUCCGGAUGCGGCGGACCGUAGAGACCAUGAUGAGUAUGCUGAAAAAAUGUCGGUCUUCGAGAAAGAUGAGGAAUUGGUGAAAGAGAGGCUACGUAAAUACAUUGGCAUAAUUCCGGGCCAAGUAAUUCUAUAG